CAACACGCGCUCCUCCUUUGAAACCCCUCUCUCCUUUUAUCUUGAAAGCCCCAGCGGCCACGGAUCCAGCACCUCCCUCCCUCGGCUAGUGUCUUCUCUUCCAUACACCAAGGAGCAACCAUGGCAGAUGUGGAUACAGAGGUGGCUGCAGCAGGACAGCCAAAGAAGAGAACGUUCAAGAAGUUUAGCUUCAGGGGUGUUGACUUGGAUGCUCUUCUUGACAUGUCCACUGAUGAGCUUGUCAAGCUCUUCAAUGCCCGUGCUCGCAGAAGGUUCCAGAGGGGUCUGAAGAGGAAGCCCAUGGCUCUCAUUAAGAAGCUCCGCACGGCGAAAAGGGAGGCCCCUGCUGGUGAGAAGCCUGAACCAGUCCGAACACACUUGCGUAACAUGAUCAUUGUGCCGGAAAUGAUUGGAAGCAUCAUUGGAGUGUACAAUGGCAAGACAUUCAAUCAGGUUGAGAUCAAGCCUGAAAUGAUUGGGCAUUAUCUUGCUGAGUUCUCAAUCUCAUACAAGCCUGUUAAGCAUGGUAGGCCCGGUAUUGGUGCUACUCAUUCAUCUAGGUUCAUUCCUCUUAAAUGAGAUGUUUUGCAGAGGUUUAGAUACCCUAGUUCGUACCUAUCUUUUGAAGACAUCUGUAUUGAUCAAAUUUUUGCCCAUUUAGUUCAUUGAUGUUGUCAUUUUGUGCUCGAUUUAUAUAAUUUUCGAGAAUCUCUCUUUCCUAUGGGUUUGAAAGAUGACUCAGGAUGGCUAAUUUUUAUAUUUUAUGGUAGCUUGAACCUGCUUUUGGAUUU